AUGUCACACCCCAAGGGAAACUUCUUCUUCCAGCAGCGCUUAGCUGUGUCCGCCUUUAAACACGCAAUUCGUGUUCUUGUCCUCCUACCAGGGAAGAGAGAAGCUCAGCUCACUGCAACUGCUCGCCUCCUAAACCUAGAUGAUUCAGGAAGGGAGCCGUAUACUGCUCUGUCUUACACCUGGGGCGAUGCUCACUUCCCGGAAACCAUCUCAGUGGACGAGGAGAUCAUUCCCAUAACGACGAACCUGCACGAUGCCUUGUGUCACAUCCGUCGAGAAGAUCAGCCGGUCACAAUAUGGGUUGACGCCGUCUGCAUCAAUCAAGAGGGCGUGGUGGAGCGUUCAUCCCAAGUCGCCUUCAUGGAUGAAAUUUAUUUGAGUUGUGAAGCUGUCUAUAUCUGGCUGGGUGUUGGCGACAACGCCACGCCGACCGGGACGCCUGGCUCUGAGCGCGACCACUUCGCGCUUGUUAGGCACUUCCGUGAUGACAAACACUUCUUCGAACUACCGGGUUAUCGAAGGGACUUCGAAACAGGGCUUUGGGUAUUUGACGCCGAAAUCCCCGGGGCGGGUGUCUCGUGGAUGGACUUUGAGCCAAUUUCGACGAGCGCGUGGUGGACUAGGGCAUGGACGGUGCAGGAGACGAUUCUUCCGACCCGCGCCGUUCUCAUGUAUGGCCAAUCAACGCUUACUUGGAAUGACCUCGCCGAGUUCACCUUUAACCGUGCUCGCCACAUAAACAACUACAGCGGAGAGUGCUGUGGGCGGGCCCACGAGGCCCUGGGUGGAAAGCGCAUGCAAGCCAUGGACAACCUCACGGGGCAUGUCAUGAGGCUGGAGCACCUGCGACGCAGGACAGGGUACAUCAGGAGCUUCUCGGAUGUCAGCCGUGCCUUUGCGGACCGACAGUGCAAGGACCCGCGUGACAAGAUAUACUCGAUCCUGUCAUUCGCGAAGCCGGGCAAGGACAGACUCGGCAUCCGGCCUGACUACCAAAAGGCAGUUCGAGAUGUCUACGUUGAGGCAUUCUGCCUGAUGCUGCAGGACGCCGACAUGAGUCCGUCUUGCCUGCUUGGUGAGGGGUUCAACAGCACCUCCUUCGGACUCCCGUCAUGGGUUCGAGAUUUCUCAAAGGCCAUGGAGACAGGAGAUUUGCUUCGUCGCGCCUUUGAAGCCUAUCCACUCUAUAACGCCUCUGCUAGACGAUUGGCUAAAGUCAAACUUACGUCCCACGGCGAAUUGCAGCUGAGGGGUACACAAGUGGACGUGAUCAAGGACAGGAGUCGAGUUGCGGGUCAUCACGUCAAGGCAUCCUUCAGGCCUGGCCUGCUGGACGAUUGGCUCCAAGUCUGUAUGCGUAACGGAAUUACUGUUACGCACGACACCGUCGACAAGACUUUUGUGCAAGUGCUCUGCAGAGGGGUCAUUGAUGACCGGGAGGCGGGCAAGGGGAAGUGGCGGCUGCUUGAUGCAAACGACAGUGAACUACCUUGUGACACUCAGUGGAAGGCUUUCAUCGGGGGUGACUCUAGGGUCGUUUCGCGGAAGUAUCGUAUUGGUGUUGCGACCGGGAUAUCUGGACAAGUCCUGUAUGUGACGUGGAACGGCCGUCUUGGUCUUGGUGAUCCGCAAGUUGAGAUAGGUGAUGUUGUGUGGAUCGUUGAGGGAUCGAAUGUCCCCUUCAUCCUUCGCAAGACAACCGAGCCGGAUCACUACCGUUUGAUAGGGGAUACCUAUCUCCAUGGUGUUAUGUGCGGGGAGUGCGUGAACGAUAUUGUCGACACCGUCACAAUAUCGAUCAUAUAG